UGUUACCUAACCCACUCCACACUGCUCUCUCCUCUCGUGUCUGCUGCCUGUCCUCUCUAUAGAUGCUGCAAAGACUCCAUAGUUCUCACUGUGCUGCAGCCUCACCAGUCACCUAAGUCAGCCUUCAUAAGUGCAGCUAAGAAGGCCCAUCUGAGAACUAACCCGCCCAAAGUGCGUUUUUCAGAGCAAGUGUCCUUCAGUGACCCAGACUCAACAAUGCUAAAGGACGACUCUUUGCUACUCAUCCCUAAUGUGCUGAAGGUGUUCCUGGAGAAUGGUCAGAUCAAGUCCUUUACGUUUGACAGCCGCACCACUGUCAGGGAUGUGAUCUCGUCCCUGCAGGACCGCCUGUCCCUGCGUUACAUCGAGCACUUUGCCUUGGUGCUGGAGUCAGGUGGGCUGGACCAGAACCAGAGACAACACUUGCUGCAGGAGAACCAGCCGCUCUCACAUGUGGUGCACAGGACGUAUUUCCAGGGGAUGAAGUGUCUCUUUCGCAUCUGUUUCUUCCCCAAGGAUCCAGCAGACCUGCUCAGGAGGGACCCUGCAGCCUUCGAGUACCUCUACAUACAGAGUCGCAAUGACGUCAUCAAAGAGCGCUUCGGCAUGGACUGGAAGUCUGACGUCACAUUGCGCCUGGCGGCGCUUCAUAUCUACAUCACAGUGUCAUCGGCCAGACCCAAUCAGAAGAUCUCGCUCAAGAAUGUGGAGAAGGAGUGGGGUCUGGAACCUUUCCUCCCCCUCACUCUACUUCCCACCAUCAAGGAGAAGAAUGUGUGUAAGACCCUGUCACAGCUGCUCAAGACCUAUCAGCAUCUGCCUCCCUCCGGCAAUAAGGUCCCUCCUCUCCAGGGAAAGCUGCAGUACAUGCGUGUGCUCAACGAUCUUCCGCCCUUUGGAGGCUUGCUGUUCCACACCGUCGGACUAGAUGAGAAGCAGUCGGCCACUACGCUGCUGGUGGGUCCGCGGCACGGCAUCGGUCAUGUGAUCGACCUAAAAAACAACCUGACCACGGUUCUGACAGAGUUCAGUCGUGUUGCUAAGAUACAGCUGCACCGGGAGAACCAGGGCGUUGCCCGAGUAGAGGUGGCCAUACAGGAGACCAAGCCUCUGGUCCUGUUGAUGGAGUGGCCUGAUGCCAGUAACUUUGCCUGUCUCAUCUCCGGCUACUACAAGCUGUUUGUGGAUCCCAAACGAACCAUCUACUACCGGACACCUGGUCAGUCUUAUAUGAUCAAGGCAGAUUACAGAGGUUCCCACCACACCCACCCGCGCUCCAGCACUACAGCUGUGUCCAGUGGGGACCGACGAGGGGACGAGAGGGAAAGACCCCAUACGAGGGACCCAGGGUCCCAGUCUCAGAAGACAGCGACCGCCCCACUGCCCGCAGAGUCCCAACACCUGGGUCUAUGCCACGUCCAUCUCCGGGAGCAACAACAGCUGCAGGAGCUCCACAUGCAGGCAGAACCCGAGCUCGACGUCAACGAGAACCUCAUUUCCCAAGAGGCACCAGGGCGGCCCCGUACCAAGUCUGACCCGACGCUGCAGAAAACAGAGAUGAUCGCCGGGAGGCCGGAAAGCCCCGUCCAGGAGAGCUCAGUGGCCUUCAGGAGCAGAGCCCAAACCAUGGGGCAGGUCCAGCGAACUACACGGUUCUUCUGUGACUCUUGCAAGGCCCGGUUGAGGGCAGAGGGAGUGGCUGUGGCCUUGAACGGUGGACGCAGCAGCGCCUCAUCAAAGCACUGCUCCAGCGCCUGUGCCUCCUGCGAUGGAGGUGCAGUAGACCUGAUGGCCCUGCCUCCCCCAGGGAAUGAAGAGGAGGAGGAAGAAGAGGUGGAGGACGUAGGAAGAAAGCUGCAGCUGCCCCAUCCGGCCAUUGCUGCUCCUCCACCUGGGUUCAGGGACAACAGCUCAGACGAAGAUGACGCCAAGAGAGGACGGAAGUCUCGACCAAACCCCGUCAUCCGUCCCAGCCCUGCAACCGGGGCUGCAGUCAGCAAGAGCUCUGCCAAGGCUUCUUCCAAGGAAGUGGUACCGGCUCCAGAGGAUGUCCCGGUGACGUUGAUAGACAACGUGGCCACCAGGACAGUACGGGACCAUGCCCAGGAGCUGGAUGAUGCUCUGGUGUCCACUCUGCAGGCCCUGGAAGCCCUAGCUGCAUCAGAGGACUUCCCCCAUCACCCACAACAGCCAGCUCAGACCACAGGGUUGAUUGUGUUGGCGGCCAUUACGCCCGAGUCAUCGCUAGACUCAGGGCACGAGACCAACUCCUCUGAGCUGACAGACGUCUCAGAGAUGGUGUCGGCCAUGAAGCAGCACCAGAACCAGGCCUACCUGUUGGCCCACCAUAUCAACAAGGAGCGUAUCUUCAGUCGCAGAGACUUCCCCUUGGCCAUACCAGGCUGCACCACCCAGACUAUUGGAGGCGGUGCGUUCUCCAUGGGUCAGAUCCGCGGCGGCUGCCCCUCGAAACCAGUGAUCCUCAGUAAGACUGUUCCCCUAAAGCUUAGCCCUGGUCAGGAGACUGCCAGUCCAGGUCUGAGCACAGUGGAGCAGGGGAGUGACGUUACCCAAGAACCAACGCAGAGUGAGCCAAGUGAAGGCAAGAAGGCAAAACCAGAGCCCACCAAAGCGUGCACCCCAGACCGCCCUGCGAUGUCACCUGAGGAGCUGAAACUCUCCAAUCCAGGGCAGGCACCUAAGGUCGGCAAAGAUCAAAGGUCGCCCGGUACUGCUGUGGGCAAACUAAGCCCGAAUUUCUCUGUGGGCGUCAAGGGGAAGAAGUCUGCGCCUCUGAGCCCGGCCACUACCAACAAAGCCUUACCCAUUCUCUUGCCUGUGGACAGAACUGCCUCCGCCAAGAUUUGCCCCACAAACAUGUGCCAAGAUGCCGAGACUGCCUCUAGCAAGACCAUCAAGCCUUCAAGCUCUAAAGACCUCUUGCCAAUUGAUGACCUGUUCUGCACAUGCCCAGUUAGAGAACCCGGGCCACAGCUAAGACUGAAGGAUCCACAUACCCAGAAGGUGGUGGUGUUCCACUCCUCUUCCCCUACAGAUGAUGAGCGUCUUUGUGCCAAAGGCCUCCAACUGGCCAGUAGCAAAGAGAGCACAGUGAGAGCAGCAGGAGGAGCAGGAGCAGACCCCAUCUUGGCCAAGCCCAGACCCCAGGCCCCAACCAAGUACUCCCAGUCCCCACACAUGCCUGUGAAAGCUGAGAGGAAGGAAGCAGCAGAGGCCAAGGCAGAGAGGUCCCAGGGUAAAGCUCAAGCUGAGCCACAUAAAUGCCCCCCGAAGACAUUCCCUCUCCUGGGAGACCCCACACACCCUACCUGCUCUGUGGACAAGGUCUCUACUCUCUCCUCUGCUGACAGCAAGAACCAGGGUGGCGGUAAAGGGAAAGCCCAGCGUAGCGCUCCCUUCCUAAGUAUCAAGAACCUUCUGUCGGCCACGUUCCCAGCUCGGAUUCGCAGGGAGACUGAUGAGCGCCGAGCCCAGCUCCAGAAGGUCCGGCAGUACGAGUUAGAGUUUCUGGAAGAACUUCUGAAGCCCAAGUCGUCUGGGGGCGAGUACCUACCCCAGGGGUCCUCGCCAGUCCCCUCAGGCACCCCAUGUGCUUGCCAGCUCCUUACAAGUCCUGUGCUAAAAGCCCCUGGAAUCUCCAGAGAGCAACGCCGCAGCUGUGACUGCAAGAGGAUGUGCAGAGGUAUCCGACUGCCCGAUACGCCGGUCGGCUCAAUUGCAGAGACACAGCAGCAUAGAGGUAGAGAGAGACCCCUCUCCAAGACCCCUCCAGCGACCUCCAAAACCCCUCACCCCCAGGGAGCUCAGAGGAGACCUCAGACCUUAGAGAUCAAGACCACCCGAAUCCGCUCGACCAGUCUGGAGUCGCGGGAACCCAGGGGGGAGCAGGCUUCCUGUUUGCCCACCUGCACCUCUCGCACACCAGACUGCAUGGGCGCUCCGCAGUACAAGAAGCUCCAGAGGCGGUAUAGCAUCGGAGAGGUGGACAAUGCUGAAGGCACCCAGCUGUACACCGAGAUAAAACCCAAAGCCAAGAACCUGGAGAAGGAAAUGGAGCGAGUGAGGGCCGCAGGGCUGAGGCUUCCAACAACCGUGGAGCCCGUUCACAAUCAAACUCACACGACUGCUGCAGAGGCAAAGGGGAAGAAAGGAGUGUUCUUCAUCCAGGGAGAAGAGCUGCUGAGGGAGAGCAGAGAGGGGGCGCCGACGGAGAUGCUGCUGGGGCUGCCUAGCGAGGACAGUGACGACAGGGAAAAGUGCUGCUCUUUCUGUUUCUGCUACAGGAAGUGUGAAGCGGCGGACGAGAGCAGCGAGAAAGAAGAGCUGUCCUACUCCACCACCCUCCAGGUCCUGCCUGGGAUGCAGCUGGGCUCUCAGACCUUGCCCAUUGUCAGCAAAACGCUCCAGGUUCUCCACGCUGAGGGCUGCAGCGGGGAGGAGGAGGAAGUAGAGGAAGAAGAAGAGGAGCCGCAGACACAGGAGAUCGACCUCCGGGCCUGCGGGACUCUGGAGGGGAGUCUGGCAAGGGUCGAAUCCCUGCAAGGAAAGACGUUCAGCCUGCCGGACGGUUUCCUCAAUGCCCAGCUGGAUGCUAAUGAGCUGCUAGCCAUCCUGCGACAGUGCGCUAACAUUCCCCAGGUGGAUAACGAAUCACGCCUACAGCCGUCCCGGAUCGCCGAGUACAAGCAGGAGCUGGCAGUGCGCUUCAAAGAGUUCAGGGCGGCGUGCAGGCGGGUGGCGAGCGUCGAGAAGAGCCCCACUCGCAUGCUGAGCGUUGUUACGGCCAGCUUCCUGGUCCUCUGCGAACUGACUCAGACCUUCAUCAAGCUGGUUAGAGGGGUGCGUUCAGAGGCCCAAAGGCUGCAGCUGCUGCGGAAGGUUGAAGAGGUUGCUAUCAAUUACACUUUGCUGUUGCGUGCAGCCGAGGAGGCGAUGGGCCACUCCAGUAGUCUGCCUAACAAGAGCGUGAGUCCCCAAGUUACUACAACCUCCACUAACAUGGGCUCCCUCUCUCGCCCAAUCAAAACCCUGCCUACCCAGUAGAGACAAAGAAUGGGGAAGUUAGUAAAUAAUCAUAUAUGACAGUUGGGAAUGUGGGUGGCUGGGUCCACACUCUCAAUGUCCAGUAGUUAUUUAUUGUUUACAGGACAUGCAAUGAUCCAUCCUCAGCAAAAAUCGCAAUGCAAUUGCUCCAUUAUGAGUUUCCAGGGGCUGUGGCAGUUGCAGCCUAGAGUGGCCCUGUGGUGUUCUAGCAUAAGAGACCACCACCACUAUACAAAAGGUGCAAGGACCUACACCUCUCCUCCAUGUCAACUCUCACAUUACAGAGGUCCGUCUCAUUAUUUUCUAUGUAUAUUUGAGUUGUAUCUUUUUAGCAAAGUAUACCUUUUUGUGGAGAAUAAAAAUAAUGAAAAUAAUAUAUUAAAUGAUAUUGAGUAUAACAAAUAUAAAGAGUAAUACAUCUACAAUAAAUGUGCUCUGGGCAAAAAUACAGCAGAGAAAAUGUCAAAGUAGCGAAUUCUGUGAAUUAGGUAGUCCAAAGCCUGGGUUAGUAGUUGACGUGUUUGUUUGUUCAAUUUUCUAACUGUUGUGACACAAUAAGUUCUGUUGGUCAUCUGGACAAUGCCAUGACCUGCACCUCAACAAUAUCACAUACAUCACAUUCAGAAUGUUGUACCUCCUUGAAUUGGGUUGAUAUAAAAUAAACAUGAGGCCCAUUUACUCACCUGUAGAAUAAAACCACUGGUAUGUAACACCUAGUGUGGGCAGAUAUAACAGAAAAGCUAACUCACUAGUGGCUAACCAAUCAGCUGGGUAGGAUCAAUGUUCUUCAUGAAGGAAAUGAAGGUAGCCUCGCUCUGCAGUAUUUAGUGUAGUCAACCUCACGUUGCUGUCUUGGUUAGAGACACACACACACAAUACUCACACACGACAAUCACAAUCCACACUAAACCGGCACAUCAACACUUGUAAAUGAGAGAUCCACUUUAGCAAGCUUAGCCUUCGAAUUUUGCACAACCUUCAGCAUUUGCUCCUGUUCACACAUGAUCUAUGUUCAUGUUUUGUUUACAUUCAGUCAACUGAACACUGCUCUAGAAAACAAACUCCUCAUACACCUUCCAUUUUAUAAACUAUUUCAUCUUAGAAAAGAUUCAAGUUGCUAUAUUCUUCUCUACAAUAAUUUUACAGGAUUCUGUGUCACAAACAAUUCAAUGGGGUUAUACUUUUUGCUCUCUAUAUGUGCUGUUAUCCCUAGUGCAAUACAGGAGAUAUAUAUAAAUCACUAACACACAAAGUAGUUUUCUAUGUAUUUUAAUAAAACUGACACCUGUGUUUUCUGUCUGAAAACGUCUUUCUGUCUCCUCCUGUUGUCAACCCACAGAGAUCGAAGCAGCCUACAGCUAACCUCAACAGAAACUAUUCAGACUCUGUCCAUAACUGUUAUACUCUGACAGGAUACUAUUCAUACCAGGCCACAUGAAUUCUUUCACUGCACUACUGUCUUGCAUGUUUCCCCAAUUCUACCUUUGUUCUUAGAGUUACAAGAAACAGAAACGGUCCCGUUAGCAGUGGUGUUGGCAGAUUCCGUGUUACUACUAGUUUUAUGAAGUGAGAAAGAAAGAAUAUACACCCACAAAAUAUAUGAGGAGGCUACUUAUACCAAUAAUGUUUUGCAAUGGAAAUUCUUUAUGCAGAGUUGUGUUGUUCUACACUCAAGAUGUAAAUAUUGUAAAACAGUUGGAAUAUUUGUGAGCCUGGAAAACACUUUUAAAUUACUAACUGACGUGUGAAGAUUGGUUCCGAAUUCUUCAGCGUUUUGUAAAAAAAGAGAAAACAUGUCUGUACCGUAUAAUUUAUAGUAGUUAUGUUCCAUAGACAACUAAUAGCGAAAACGUAUAUUUUAAGAGUAUAUAAUGAGUAUAAAGCAUGGGACAUGUUUAUUUUUAUAAAAACAAAACAUUCUCUCAUCAUGACCACCUGGAAAUGUUUUCAAAAUUUAGUUUUUGACGUAAUGAUAAUAUACAAAUAUAGUGUGUGGUUGUCAUUGUUGAGUUGCGUUGCGUUGUUGCCAUAUUGUGAAUGUGUCUCUGUUUCAUAACAUAAUGGACCUUUGUUCCAUAACAUAAUGGACCUAUGUUCCAUAACAUAAUGGACCUAUGUUCCAUAACAUAAUGGACCUAUGUUAAAUAACAUAAUGGACCUUUGUUCCAUAAUAUAAUGGACCUAUGUUCCAUAACAUAAUGGACCUAUGUUCCAUAACAUAAUGGACCUAUGUUCCAUAACAUAAUGGACCUUUGUUCCAUAACAUAAUGGACCUAUGUUCCAUAACAUAAUGGACCUUUGUUUCAUGGCCUAUUCCAUUGUGUUUGUUUGCACUUAUUUAUUUACUUAGUAUUUAUUUGUCAAUAAUCUUGUCUUCACUGUGUUCUUCUGUCUGUACAGCCUGUCUCAUGUUUUAAGAGCAAUAAAGUGUUUUAAAGUUACAGUC